UGACAUUUACGUACUUCUCCCCGAUAAUAUUUACGGCUGUAACAUACAUGAUGCAGAUAAAGCACACCUUGUAAGCUGUGCAAAAAAUGUAAUCAAAUUUCUGUGCCUCUGUUUCACAUCAGAAUUCAAAACAUUUGAUAACAAAAUGGAGGAUACCGGAGAAUCGCCAAUUGCUGGCAAUUUAUCGGGCAAAGUAGUGUCAGUGGCAGCCGGAGAAUCCCAUACACUUGCACUUACCGGAGAUGGAUGCGUGUAUUCAUGGGGAAGAGGAAUGUUUGGAAGGCUGGGGACUGGAUUAGAAAAGGAUGAGUUUUACCCGGUUCAAGUGAAGUUCGGCAGUUUUGAUGAGAAACAGCUCAAGUUUGUUGGAGUUGCUGCUGGUGCUUAUCAUAGUGUUGCUCUUUCAGAUGAUGGAUCAGUUUGGUGCUGGGGUUAUAACAUCUAUGGCCAACUUGGUGGGAAUGAAGAGAAUUCUCUCGUGCCUCGCAUGAUGGAUCAAUUUCAUGAGUUGGUCCCUCCUGAUUCAGCAGCAAAUGAGUCAGAAAAUAGUAAAGAAGCACUAUUGAAGAUUUGUACCAUUAAAGCGGGAGGAAUGAUGUCCCUCGCAAUUGAUAACCUUGGAGCUCUCUGGAUGUGGGGCAAUUGCCCACAGCUAAACAGUAACAGCGAGGGUGGUUUCUCCUUAGUUAGCAGUUUCACUCCUAUCCCCGUCUGGGAUUUCCACGGUCACACUGUUGUUAAAGUUGCAUGUGGAAAUGAACAUGUCAUAGCACUUGUCAGUAGAGGAGAAACAUAUAAAGGUGAAGAUCUAGUAUGCUACUCUUGGGGAAACAAUAGUCACGGCCAAUUGGGUUCGGGAGAUAGAGAGAGCAGAGUGCGGCCUGAAGUUGUUGAAACAUUUAACAAUGACUCUCUAUGGACUGUUUAUGAGGUGUCAUGUGGUGCAUUUCAUACUGCUUUGCUUGCUCGUAAAAAGAGACCAAAUGACAAGUUAGAAAGUACGUGCUGGACAUUCGGCUUAGGAGAAAAUGGGCAGCUCGGGCAAGGAACCACCCAAAGUGUACCACAACCUGAACAAGUAAAAGAAUUGCCAGAGUAUGUAUACUUGAUCUCUGUUGAUUGUGGUUUAUUUCAUACCAGCGUUGUCUCUUCAGCUGGAGAUGUGUGGUCAUGGGGAAUGAUGAACGGGCUUGGACUUUGCCCAGAUGCUCGAUUUACUGGCACCGAUGCUGGGGAUGCUCUUUCUCCCCUUCAACUUAGAGGAUCUCAAGUGCCGAAAUUUAAUGACCCUGUCCAAAUUACGUGCGGCGCUGCCCAUACUCUUCUUGUUGCAAAUGGUGGUUAUAAACUUUGGUCCUGGGGUAGAGGAAGAAGUGGAGCCCUCGGAAACGGAAAGGAAAUAGACGUUUUUGUUCCAACUGUUAUGCUGUGGCCGCCACUGACGGAGGAUUUCAACAACCAAGAAUCAAAUGAUACUACUGUUACGGAUAAUUCUGGCAAAAAACGAUCCGAGGAAGUUACAGAAACGGAGAAAAAAUUAUCCUUGGCGAUGGAGGAGCUGAAGCUUCCUCAAUCAAAACUUUCUACGAUUGAACGAUACGCCGGAAUACUUCAUGGUUCAAUUUUUGGUAAACCUUUUACAGAAGAAGAAAUUCCAGUGUCGCUGCAGAAUUCAGGUACAUUUGAUAUUGCAAAGGAAUGGGAAGGCAUGUUAGAAUCAGCAGAUCGGAGUAAGCUUAUUAGGCUGGAGAUUUUCUACCGAAACAUGCUUGCAGGAGUCAAAGAUAAGCAGAUGAAAAGAAGGAUCCAGGAGAUCAUAAAAGAUUGUCUUCCUUCUUCAGCUCAACAACAUACAUAAAAAUUGGCCACAUUCACUCUGAGGUUCUUCUAUUUUCAAUGAUCCCUCGAGAUUCUUGCUUCUUUAAUGCAUAUCCUGUUUUUAGAGUAGUAUAGGAAAUAAGCAGCUUUUUUGAAAAGCUAUAGUUGUUUUCUGGAGAAGAUGAUGAUCAUGCGUAUUCAUGUAAAGGAAAUGAUAUUGAAUAAUAUAGUUUGUAUAGUACAUAAGGCUUAAUUGUUUUAAAAAAACCACAAAUUUUAGCA